AGUUCUUCCUCAGCCUGGGUGAGGAAGCCUCUGCUUCCCCACCACGUGCUGCUGAAGGCCACGCUCGAGUCUGCAGUCAUGCUUCCAGGUGGUCACGAAGAUGCUGAGCUGCACAGGUUAAGCCACGAAGGAGCUCUCCCGCAGAGGAGGGUGGUCCGCAGAGAGGAGAAGCCAGGACUGCCGCUCUGCAGAAAGGUUUGCUAUGCCAUUGGGGGCAUUCCCUACCAGAUGACAGGCAACGCCCUCGGGUUCUUCCUCCAAAUCUUCCUGUUGGAUGUUGCGCAGCUGGAGCCAUUCCAUGCCUCUUUGAUCAUUUUCCUUGGAAGAGCCUGGGAUGCGGUUACUGACCCUGCUAUUGGCUUCCUGGUCAGCAAGAGCCCAAGGAGAAAAUACGGCAAACUGGUGCCAUGGAUCGCGUGCUCCAUGCCAUUUGGGGUGCUCUGCUACUGCUUGUUGUGGUCCACCCUCUCGGAUGCCACCCCCGCCUCCCUGAAAUUCCUGUGGUACCUGUUCACCUACACCUUCUUCCAGACUUGCAUGACUUGCCACCACGUGCCGUACUCUUCCCUGACGAUGUUCCUGGGAGGAACCCAGCGUGACCGUGACUCAGCCACUGCCUACAGAAUGGGGAUGGAAGUGCUCAGCACGCUCCUUGGGUCAGGAAUCCAGGGGCAGAUUGUAGGGGGUUACCAUGCCCGCAUGAUGAAUGGCUGUUACAUGUCGAACGAGACCCUGCCCAACACCAGCACCUACAGCCUCACGGAAUCUCUGGAGAACGUGCGUAGGGCCUAUGCGUUUGCAUCCCUGAUCCUGGGCUCCAUCUAUUGCCUGUCCUGUCUGAUUCUCAUCUUUGGAGUCAAAGAGCGGCCUGGGCCUCUCAGCCCCCUGGGGAAGAUUGAGCUGCCCUUUUCCAGCUGCCUGAGGAUGAUCGUGGGACACCAGCCCUACAUCCAGCUGCUCUGUGGCUUCCUCUUCGCCUCCCUGGCCUUCCAGAUCACACAAGGGAUCUUUGCCUUCUUUUGUACUCAUGCUGCCGGGCUGGCUGGGAAGUUCCAGUACUUAGUGCUUAUUAUGUUGGUCACAGCUUCCUUCUCUAUUCCCUUUUGGCAGUGGUUUUUGGGGAGAUUUGGAAAGAAAACAGCAGCAUCACUGGGCCUGGUGCUGAUCAUCCCAGCCCUGGUAGCCGUCACCCAGGUGAUGCACAACUUCCUGGCCUUCGUUUUCCUGGUGAUCGUGGCAGGCUGCAGCAUGGCUGUGCUCUACCUUUUACCAUGGUCCAUGCUGCCAGAUACGGUGGACGACUUCAUGCUGAAGAACCCCAGCUGCCACAACCUGGAGGCUCUCUUCUACUCAUUUUACGUCUUCUUCAACAAGUUUGCAGGUGGCCUUGCUGUGGGGAUAUCGACAUUGAGUUUACAUUUUGUAGGUUAUCAUGCUGGAGACUGCACGUACAACCCCUCUGUCAUCCUCACCCUGAAGCUUCUCAUGGCCCCAGUCCCGAUAAGCCUGCUGCUCAUUGCCAUAAUCAUCUUUUGCCUCCAUCCCAUCGAUGAGGAGAGGAGGAAGCAGAUGAGAAUAGAGAUGGAGGAAAUGGGGCAUCAGGUACAGUGUGGCAGCCAAGAAUAAAGCCAGGGCUGAAGUGAGUUCAUCGGGAAGGACGUGGAUUUGCUGUGCUGUCAGGAUGUGCUGCUGUUGGGGAAAGUUGUCGCUUCCUGUUGUUUCCUGUUCCCAUGUCCCAGAGGCCUGUUUUGCAUCCUGACCCCUUCCCUCUCCCAGCUGGCAGGCACGGGAUGGGGAGGGGGGGGGUCCUGCUACAGCCCCAUCCCUGCCACCUCACCAGAGCUGCUUUCUCCAGGGCUUGGUCUUUUGGCAGGUCCUGACAGAUCUGGACAAGGCUCUUCUUCUGGGAGAGACUGUAGUGCCAGGGAGGAAGGGUCCCCGCCAGCCUCGGAGCAGUGCUCGCACACACUGGGGUGCCAAGGUGUCACCUAACCUUGUGGGAAAGCAUGCACAAAGAACACAGGGAUUGUUUUUGAGAGGAAACCCUUUUUUCCCUAAAAAACAGUUUUUAGGGAAAAUACUGCCAAGAUAGCGCAUGUCUUUGUGCUUAGACUGCCCUUUCACAGGGAGAGGUUUUGAAUUUCUUUGAACAAGGGUGAAGUUCAAGCCAGCAGUGUUUUAAAGCAUGUGCAGCAACAAUGACACCUGGCAGCAGGGUGGUGGGAAGCAAGCUCUCUCCGUCUGCCUGGGCCCUGUUAGCUGAGUCACUGCUGGGAAUCCAGGAGCUGGAUCCAGUGUGGGAAUGGGCUGCACUGCCUCCAGUCAGGCACCUGGGGGGUUUCUGGCAGCUUGUCUUGGUUUUUGCCAGGUUGGGAGGUUAUGGCAGAAGCGUCAAAUGAAUCUCGAGAAGAGCUGAGUUGCUUUUAAAUCGUAGCCCAUCACUAGAUCUCUCACAGCAGCAUCUUGCGAGAGAUGCUCGGCACCCCCACAUCUCUCCUGGCAACAGCGAGGGGGCAGCGGGGGGAAGAGAGGAGAAAUCAGCCGUGUCAUGGCUGGCAGUGCUGAGCUGUCUUCAGCCUUGUGCAGAGGCAGAGAGUGAGGUUGGUUAUUUUUAGGGCUAGAGCUGCAUCUGACCGUUGGUUGACCUUGCAGCUCUCCAGUCGGGUGCACACUGGCAGGAUCUGAGCAAAUGACUCCCCAGUUGUGCACUGAAUUAAUCUGAAGCCUUAAGUCUUGUGGUACAACUUUGCGGUCAGUGGGGGAGAUGGUGUGUUAGAGCUGCAUCUGGGCACCUGCAGGAUCAUCACAGCAGCCUUGAUUCAGGACCAUUUCUCAGAUGCAUGAAGGGCCUCUCUCUUUUUUUUUUUUUUUUUUUUCCUGUUUUUUUAUUUUCUUUCUUUGUUGUUUUGUUUUGUGGAGUGUGAAGGAUGUUCCUUGGAAUCGCCUGACUAAGCCCACAGUCAGGUGUUGGGAUGCAUUGCCCUCUGCCACCGCCUUGCUUUCAGCCUUGCUGCCUCAAGAUUUACGAAA